UAUAGGUAUGAGACCAUGCUAAUUGCGUGCCUAAUUUUUUAUACCCUUCCGCCUUCCGCCUUCCGCCUUCCGCCUUCAGCCAUUGACGCGCAUUUCACAGCUUGGUUCUCACUUUUGAUUUUUGGAAGUUUGAUUUGUUCGUCAACUGCUUAAUUUCAUUGUAGAAGAUGAGGCCUCCUUCGUGUAUCGACAUUGCUGCUAAUGCUCAGAAACUCGAUGUUGAUAAUCGGAUUUCUCUGCGUAUCUACUACAGGAUUGCGUACAAUAUACUGAGACAGGCUGCUAUCUUCCGGAAUGAGAGCAACAUUAUAGACCUCUAUGUUAUGCUCCUGAGGUUUUCAAGUUUGGUAUCUGAGACUAUCCCAAGCCAUAGAGAAUAUGCAGCAUCUCCACAGAGCAAAAAGAGUUCUUUGAAAAAGCAAUUGCUAAUUGCCUUAAAUGAAUUGGAGGCUCUGAAGCCAACCGUUAAGCAAAAGGUUGAUCAACUAGAAAAAACACCCGUGCACGAAGUUAUUGGACAGAAUUAUAAUGCUCACGCAAUUGAAAAUCAUUCUAUGAGUUCUUCUGUGCAAUAUCCCAUCAAAUCACAAGUCCUAUCCAAUAAUCAAAUAGUUAAGGCAUCACAGAAUUUUCCUGAUGGUGCUUAUGGAGGUUCAAUUUCUCAUCAGAAAGUUCAUAUGAUUCCUGUAGAAGAGAGAUUCAAAAGAUUGUCUGUUGCCCUUCCUCGUCCGACAGAGGAAUCACUUUUGAGGCAUUCAAUUUUGGGACCAAAUGGGCUUUACAGACAGUGGCAACCGCCUGUCUCUGAUAAAGGGGUUCGUUACCCCAGUGAUAUUGACAUUGCUCCUGUUGAGAUUCCAAGGCUCCAACAGGUCAUGACUAUUGAAAAUGGAGUAGAUGCUACAAAAGAUGAUAAUACCUUAACUUGUGGAAAACCUAAGCUGCAACCUAUACUUGAACCUAGUAGCGAUAGUCAGAAGCCACAUGAUGGCAUGCAGCCAAUGAUUACAUUUGAUACAUCUGAUGUCUCUGAUACCGUUAUUAUUAAGCAACCUAGUCCACCAUCCGUACUUGCAGAGGUGCUAGACCUAAUACCUACUGAGCCAAUCCUAGUAUCUGAAAAGCAAGAUACAGUCGAUACUCCGUUGAAGGAUAAUUUAGUCAAACCCGAAUCUCCAAUGGAGCUGCACAUAUCCACAAAUUUGAUGGAUACAUUUUUGAGACUGGCCAAAUCUAACACUAAGAAAAAUCUGGAGACAUGUGGCGUCCUUGCUGGUUCUCUUGAAAUUUUACAUCACGGCUUUAAUAAUUCCAAAGCAGGAAUCAACAUCAGAUACUGUAAGUUGAUGGAUUCAUAUCUAACUUAUAGUGUCAAACAACAAAUGAGGAGGAGAUAUUUGAAGUGCAGGACAAACGAUCUCUUUUCCCACUGGGAUGGAUUCAUACUCAUCCUACCCAAUCUUGUUUCAUGUCGUCUGUUGACCUUCACACGCACUACUCCUACCAGUUAAUUAGGGCAUUUUUACAGGUGUCGGUGGUCUACGUGAAAAACAAGUGAUAAACCCAUAAUUAUGGACUUGGGAUCAAUGUUACACAGAAUGGGUUACAAUAGAAAUGGGAUGUUGAAAUAGGAAACACGGAACACUACCUGAAAGUCUCCUGGAACAAUGGGUACUAAGGGAUAAUUUUUUAUAAAAUAAAUAGUAUUGGAGUAAAGUUCUAGAGUAAAGGGACCAAGUUUUGGGAACACGGAAUAGUGGAUAGUCUUUCCUGGUUUCUAUUCCCAUGACAAAAGUUACUUAGUGUACUUAAAAAGUUCUGAUGAAAUGCAUUGAUUAGUAGACCUAAGGUGACGAUAUCAAUGAUGAAUGUGCUGUUUUCCAAGAAAGUGUUGAAUGAAUUAGAAACUCAAACACCUUCAUACUUCUCCUGCAUACUUGGUUUGAAUUGGUUGAAGUGGAAUUGGUUCGCUACUGCUCUCUAGUUAUGUUGGAGAACCUUCUAUUGGUUUCCCUAAGAGGUUAUGCUUUUGUUCCCUGUACUCUUUUAACUCGCCUUCUGGUUCUGUCAAACCCUUUUUAGGAAUUGAAAACUCCCCCCGUAGACUCUUCUUGUUGGCAUAUGUAUCUACCUAUGUUACUCGGUCUCUUCAUUUUGCUUCACGUAACCAUGUCUAAUCCUUGAUGCUUGGAUAUUGAUAUGGCACUUAGACACUUUAUUUUAGACAUCAAAAUUAAUAUUUAGACGUAUCCGACACUUGGACACGUACCAGUAUCCAACAUCAGUAAUCGAGUCCAAGUAACAUAGGUAUCUACAAUCUGAAUGUCUUCAUUAUAUUUUUCUGGAUAGUUUUUCCAGUUUGGAGCUUUUUGUAAAGAAUGAAAAUCAGCUGUCAAGAGAUUGAGAAAAAAUCCUGACUCAGCAAUUUUUCUCUAUAAGCAGUUGAUUUCAGUUCAUUCCAAAUUCAUAUAUAUAUAUAUAUAUAUAUAUAUAUA